AUGACCUGCUGCCAGACCAGCCUCUGUGGAUAUCCCAGCUUCUCUACCAGUGGGACCUGCGGCUCCAGCUGCUGCCAGCCACUGACCAGCUGCUGCCAGCCAAGCUGCUGCCAGACCAGCUUCUGCGGAUUUCCCAGCUUCUCAACCAGUGGGACCUGUGGCUCCAGCUGCUGCCAGCCAAGCUGCUGUGAGACCAGCUGCUGCCAGCCAAGCUGCUGCCAGACCAGCUCCUGUGGAACCAGCUAUGGCAUUGGUGGUGGCAUCGGCUAUGGCCAGGAGGGCAGCAGUGGAUCCGUGAGUACCCGUAUCAGGUGGUGCCGCCCAGACUGCCGUGUGGAGGGCACCUACCUGCCCCCCUGCUGCGUGGUGAGCUGCACACCCCCAUCCUGCUGCCAGCUGCACCACGCCGAGGCCUCCUGCUGCCGCCCGUCCUACUGUGGACAGUCCUGCUGCCGCCCAGUCUGCUGCUGUGAGCCCAUUUGCUGAAAGCCAGUUUGCUUAUUUUCAAUUGCCUACGUCACAGUAUCUCUGAACUGUUCAUCCCUUGACCACCCCUGGACCACUAACAAGUUCUCGGACUUUGCAUUGUCUGUGAUGGAGACUACUAAGUAUAAGAGUUCACAAUUCUAUCUGAUUCCAUUCUACAGUGAAUACCUUGACUCUUCACUGCGGACACAGAAAUGCUACAAAGUCACCUGCUGAUCAUCAAUUUGCUUGGGAUAUACUAUUUCUGAUAUUUCUGCAGGAUUAAAAAUUACUGACAUGUUGUGGAAUUUAUCCAUGAGAGCUAUCCACAAGUCUAAUGUUUCCAUGCUUUAUAAUCCAUAUUUAUCUUGUUUACCUAAAAGUUUUUGCAACAUCAAAGACAUCAAAUUAUAGCCAGGUGACAUUCCUCAAGUGUCACCAGAGAGAAUGGAAGCUCAUUACCCAACAUUCAGCUUCUAAGAAGUAGGCUGGACUUUCUACAUUUUAACAUCUGAUCCAUCCCUUGAUUUUUGGAUCAUAAUGAUCUUGCCUGCUGGAUAUUUCAGUUAUAUCUGUGAUACAAUGUCUUCUGUCAUUUCUUAAUAAAUAGUAUAUACUAGGCAAAGAAA